AAAGCCAGGGGUCAGGUCGCGGCUGCGGCCCAGGCAAUGCCAUGAGGGCGGCGAUGCUACCAGGUGUCCCACUCCCUUGGGACCUUAGAGCGGGACUUGGGGCGGGGCGGACAGCAGGUGCUGACACUGGAGCUGUGCCCGGGGAUUCGUCCUCCUGAGACAGAUGGCACUAGCCCUCUGGGCUGGCCGAGCUGCGCGGUGUCCUCCUGAACGCAGAGGGCGCUGUUGCCGAGCUGCGUCGGGCCCCGCUAGACCCCACCAACCCAGUGACGGCCUCGCUACGCGGGGAUCAGCCAUGGCCACCGCUCUAGCAUAUCGCUACCUGUACCGCGCGCGAACUGCGCUGCAUGAUCUGCCUGUCGAGCUACCAUGGGCCCCACGGCGUGGGCAUCGGCUCUCGCCUGCGGAUGACGAGUUGUAUCAGCGGACUCGCGUCUCUCUGCUGCAACACGAGUCUCCUCACGCCAUGUACAUCGACAGCUAUAAUAGCCGGGGCUUCAUGGUCAACGGAAACCGCGUGUUCGGGCCCUGCGCGCUGCUCCCGCGCUCCGUGUUGCAGUGGAACGUGGGAUCUCAUCAGGACAUCACAGAAGAGAGCUUUUCCCUGUUCUGGAUGCUGGAACCCCGUAUAGAGAUCCUCGUGGUGGGCACUGGAGACAGGACGGAGCGGCUGCAGUCCCCAGUGUUGCGAGCCAUGAAGGAAUGGGGCAUUGCUGUGGAAGUGCAGGACACGCCCAAUGCCUGUGCCACCUUCAACUUCCUGUGUCAUGAAGGCCGAGUGACAGGAGCUGCUCUUAUCCCACCUGGAGGGAUGUCACUCACAUCUCUGGGCCAAGCUGCAGAAUGAACUACCAACCCAUCCAGGAGGGACUGGGCACUUUGCAGAGUGCAGAAGUUCCCCAUGCUUCACUGUUAUCUUCCUUUGGCACAUUACUUGUUUUGCUUGCCAACAUAUUAAUAACUUACAUCUCUUA